UGUUGAGUGAGCUGGAGGAGACCGUAUUGUAGUCGUAGUGCAGCUAAUUCUUUCAGGUGUAAUUAAACAGCAAUGUCUUCUUCAGUAAGGUAUUUGAGAGAGUUUGUCAACGAGCGAGUAACUGCUGCUGCUGAAGAAAUAUUCAGAGUUUAACAAAGAAAAAGAAAAGAAAACUUUCGUCAGCGCAGACUGUUGGAUAUUGUUUGGAAACCCGAGACAAAGUUACACAGGAUAGACUGGAGAGAACUUGAGGAGAACUGUGCUCAGAAGACGUUUGAUUUUACGUGCAUAGAGAGUUUGGCAGUUUGCAGAGGAAAGUUCCCGAAGUCAUAUUAACAUGGACUCGAUCUACAGUGACCACACAUACUCACACUGUUUCAACCAUCGAGCUUUACCUUCAGAUGUCCACAAAGUGACUGUUGGUGAAGAACAUCCACAUGAGUGGAGCCCCAGUCUGGACCAGGAGGACACAAAGCCCCCACACAUUAAAGAAGAAAAGGAGGACCUCUGGAUCAGUCAGGAUGGAGAGCAGUAUCAAGGGCUGGAGGAGGCAGAUAUCACCAAGUUCCCAUUCACUCUUCUCCAUGUAAAGAGUGAAGAUAAUAAAGAGAAACCUCAGUUCUUACAGCUUCAUCAAAGACAAACUGAAGAGAUGAAAACAGAAGCUGAUGGAGAGGACUGUGGAGGAUCAGAACAAGAUGGAAACACGCAUACAUAUACAUAUUUACAACCAGAUACUAAUGACAAGACCAGAGUACCUCAUUCAGGUAUGAACUCUCUGAAUAAUAUUGAAGACCCUGUCAGUGAUUCCAGAUGUAGUGCUGGUGAGAAACCAUUUAGCUGCUCGGAGUGUGAGAAAAGAUUUGAACGCAAGGGACAUCUGAAGACACACAUGAGAACCCACAGAAGAGGGAAACAAUUGAACUGCUCAGUCUGUAAGAAAGCUUUUAAACACCGUGGACAUUUACAGCAACACAUGGAAACCCACACAGGACAGAAACCAUUUAGCUGCUCAGUCUGUAAAAAAGCUUUUACAGAGAGUGGAAGUUUAAAUAAACACAUGAUAAUCCACAAAGGAAAUAAAGCUUCAUUAGAGAGUGGACAUUUACACAAUCACAUGAUAACCCACAAAGGAGAUAACCCUUUCAGCUGCAGUAUUUGUGAUAAAAUCUUCAGCAGGCCUCGUCAGCUCAGAAAACAUAAAUGUGUUGGUCAGAUGGAAACAGAAGGUGAUGGAAAGAACUGUGGAGGACCAGAACCAGCCAGGAACACAUAUCCAGAUUCACGUUUACAACCAGAUGCUGAUGACAAGACGCAACACUUUUCUGAACCUGAGACUGAUAACAGUAACAAUUCGAAGGAGACCAGAGAACCUCAGUCAGGUUUAAACUCUCUGAAUAACAAUGAAGUCCCUGUCAGUGAUUCCAGAUGUCGUACUGGUGAGAAACCAUUUAGCUGCUCGGAGUGUGGGAAAAGAUGUGACCGCAAGAUACAUCUGAAGUUACACAUGAGAACCCACACAAGAACUAAUACAACAGUUAGCUGCUCCAUCUGUAAGAAGGCUUUUACAGCCAGGGGACAAUUUUACAAACACAUGAGAAACCACAGAAGAGGGAAACCAUUUAACUGCUCACUCUGUAAGAAAGCUUUUAGACAGCGUGGAAAUUUACAGGAACACAUGAGAACCCACACAGGAGAGAAACCAUUUAGCUGCUCAGUCUGUAAAGAAGCUUUUGCAGGGCGUUACAGUUUGUAUAAACACAUGACAAUCCACAAAGAAAAGCAAUCUUUAUUAGAGAGUGGACACAUGAGAACCCACAUAGCAGAGAACCCUUUCAGCUGCGGUAAUUGUGACAAAAUGUUCAACAGGCCGCGUCAGCUCAGAAAACAUAAAUGUGUUGGUAAGAUGGAAACUGAAGGGGAUCGAGAGGACUGUGGAGGACCAGAAACAACCAGGAACACAUAUCAAGAUACACAUAUACAACCAAAUACUGAUCCCAAGACUGGAGACUCUUCUGAGACUGAUGACAGUGAGGAUUGGACCGAGGCCAGAGAACCUCAGUCAGGUGUCAACUCUCUGUGUAAUGAUGAAGUCCCUGUCAGUGAUUCCAGAUGUGGUACUGGUGAGAAACCAUUUAGCUGCUCUGAGUGCGGAAAAAGAUUUGGCCGUAAGAUCAAUCUUAAGUUACACAUGACAACCCACACAAGAGAGAAACCAUUUAGCUGCUCAGUCUGUAUGAAAGCUUUUACAAUGAGUAGAAGCUUAAAAUAUCACAUGACAGCCCACACAGGAGAGAAACCAUUUAGCUGCUCAAUCUGUAAGAGAGCUUUUAAAGGGAUUGGAAGUUUAGUAACUCACAUUAGAACCCACACAGGAAAGAAACCAUAUAGCUGCUCGGUCUGUGAAAAAUCUUUUACGCGGAGUGGGUAUUUAAAGAGACACAUACAAAUGCACACCCGGGAAGGGAAUCCAUUUAGCUGCUUAGUCUGUAAAAAAGCUUUUACACUGAGAGGAAAUUUAAAGCUGCACAUGCAAAUUCACACGCGGGAGGGAAUCCAUUUAGCUGCUCACUCUGUAUGAGAGCUUUUACAGUGCGUGGACAUUAAGGAGAGAAGAGAAUUGAGAAUUUAGGCACCAUUGUGUUCUAAUCUACUAUCAAUCUAGGCUAAAGUCAACGAUAUUAAAAAUGUAUGCAUGUUUCUUCCUUUAAAUUUAAGUUUGUGGUUGACUAGCAGGCCGGCUUUAGUUGUUUCAUAAAUUGAUUGAUUGUGUUUGCUGAUUCGCUCUGCAUGCAGAGCCUGCAUGUAACACACCACCAAGUGUGUAUCCAUGGACACUUAAAUCAGUGUAAAUAACAUUAUAUCAAGGACAGAUUUAUGUUGUAGAUUAAUGUUCCGUUUCCAGCGUCGCGGCUCAGAACUAUAACGUAAGUUGUGACAUAUCCCUUGUUUCUUUAGGCUAACUAACAUUAUAUUAGCUUUAGCCUGGCUGGUAGCAACAGUCUGGCAACUCUUCGGUGAAUAAUGGCCAGGAGACGUUGUGAUAACGUUGCAUUCAGGUGAUUUAUUUUGUCUUUUUAGCGAACAUAAAACACUGACUACUGUAGGUUCACUACCCCUGGAAAAGCAUCACUGUGUCUGCGGCAGCUGUCGCUUACGGUACUUUUCUACACGCGAGAGAGCCUCACUUCCCAUAACAAACCCCGUAGGACUAAGGCUGAAUCUCAUUUCUCAUCUUACCCCUUCCCCUUACCCCUACCACUUCGUCUUACGCCUAGCCCUUGUCCCUCGAAACCAAGUGGUAAGGGGUAGGGGUGAAAAAACCUCUAUGAAAUGAGACGCCACUUGGUUACAUACAUACUUAGGUCUGUUUGCAAUAAAUAUGU